AUAAAAUAAUGUGAGUGAUUAUUAAUUUAUUUUGAUAACUACUAAUGCUUUUAAAGUUUGGAUAAAAAGGAAAAGUCAAUGGUCGAUUCGCACAUUCUCGGCGUUCUUUCAACGCUAAUAUCUAUCCAAAUCGACGGUUCACCCAUUCCCCGUCCCUACACAAACUAAACCCUACAUAUAACAACCACCACCGCCAUACUCACCCCCACUACUAUCUCUCCUCUCGCUUUGAUUUUGCAUCUGCUCUUCCUUUCAAUUCGACCUUCUUUCUAUCCAAUUCAAUCCGCAGAUAUGUCUGACGAAGAGCAUCAGUUUGAGUCAAAGGCCGACGCCGGAGCUUCCAAGACCUACCCUCAGCAAGCUGGUACCAUCCGCAAGAGCGGUUACAUUGUCAUCAAAAAUCGAGCUUGCAAGGUUGUGGAAGUUUCUACCUCCAAGACAGGCAAGCAUGGUCAUGCGAAGUGUCACUUUGUUGCAAUCGACAUCUUCAAUGGAAAAAAGCUUGAAGAUAUCGUCCCAUCUUCCCAUAACUGUGAUGUCCCUCAUGUCAACCGCACUGACUACCAGCUAAUUGACAUCUCUGAAGAUGGAUUUGUGAGUUUGUUGACUGAAAAUGGCAACACCAAGGAUGACCUGAAACUGCCAACCGAUGAUGCUCUUUUGACUCAGAUCAAGGAGGGAUUUGGAGAGGGGAAGGAUUUGGUUGUGAGUGUGAUGUCUGCCAUGGGAGAGGAGCAGAUAUGUGCUGUUAAGGACAUUUCUGGUCCAAAGUAGACUGAUGUUUUUAUAUCAGCAGAAAGGUAUGCUGUUGUUGUUGUUGUUAUUGUAAUAGUAGCAGCAUUUUACUUUGUGCACUACUAUGACUAGCUCAUUUGGGCUACGAACAGUGUAUUUUACUGGUUUUGUGUACUUUGAAAUUUGAAUUUCUCCAUGUUGUCAAGUGUCAGAUUAUAAUUUUCUUUUGGAUUGGUUACAUUUUCAUCAUGAAAGUUGAUAUUUCAUUCAUACUGUUGUUUUUAAUUUUACUAUGCAAAAUUAAUUGAAAUGUAGAACAUGCUAUUUGAUC